AUGAAACCCUCAUCUGUUCUUGCAGCCCUGUCUGCCAUUGGCAGUACGCUGGCGCAGCAAACUUACACCAAUCCUGUACUGUGGUAUGAUCUUGCAGACAUCGAUGUCUUUCGCAAGGGCAACCAAUACUACUACUCAGCCUCGACUAUGUCCUUCUCCCCCGGAGCCCCUGUCCUGAGAUCCGGAGACUUGGUCAACUGGGAAUUCAUCGGACAUUCCGUUCCCAGGCUCGACUUCCAUGAUACUGCCUAUGACUUGGCUGAUAACAAGCAAGCCUAUGUUCGUGGUAUCUGGGCUUCUUCAAUGCAGUACCGCGAGUACGACAACACUUUCUACUGGAUCGGAUGUGUUGACUUCAAGACGACCUACAUCUAUAAAGCUAGUGACCCUGCUGGUGACUGGAGCAAAGUUGGCGAGAUUGGUACUUGCUAUUACGACUGCGGCAUGCUAUUUGACGGUCAGAACAUCUACGUUGCUUAUGGUAACACAAAGAUCAGCGUUGCUCAGCUGAACAAUGACUUUACCCAAAAGUCGACCACGCAGGUCUACAGCUCCAGCAUCACCAUUGAAGGCUCUCACAUGAAGAAGAUCAACAAUCGCUACUACAUCUUCGUCACCCAGCCCGCCAGCAAUGAAUACGUCCUAAAGUCAAACUCUGGCCCCCUGGGACCCUACGAAUUCAAGAUCUUCACAAAAGCACCAGCCAGCGGUAUUCAGGGGGGAGGUAAUCCUCAUCAAGGCAGUGUGGUCGAUACCCCUAAUGGCGAUUGGUACUAUCUAUCUUUCAUCGAUGCUUACCCGGGAGGCCGCAGCCCUGCUCUGGCACCCUUCACCUUUGACUCUCAAGGCUGGCCGUCCCUGAAAGCAGCGAAUGGAUUCGCAAUCGCCAACCCCUACCCCGUGACCCCUGUCCCCGUAAAAUCUACCACCGGCACCGACGCCUUUGCAGGAGGCAAGCUAGGUCCUCAAUGGGAAUGGAACCACAACCCGGAUACCUCCAAAUUCUCCUUUGCUUCUGGAGGUGGCUUAGUGCUCAAGACAUCAUCAGUAACCAAAGACUUGUAUCACGCUAGAAACACCCUGACACACCGUAUCUUGGGUCCCGAUAGCACCGCAACAAUUCAACUCGACAUUUCCAAAAUGUCUGCCAACGAUCAAGCAGGACUCGCCCUUUUCCGCGACAACUCAGCCUACAUCGCCAUUCGUAACAACGCUGUGAUCCUUCAACGUGACCUCACCAUGGGGGGCGGCUGGAAUACUCUCAGCACAGGUCGUCAAGAAACCUCUGCUACUUUGCCCUCUGGCACCUCAAACGUGUGGUUGAGAUUGCAUGCUGAUAUCAAGCCUGCUGGUUCUCAUCAGGGUGUGUUUAGCUGGAGCACCGACGGAAAGACGUUCAAGCAGUUGGGCACGCCCUACACGAUGAAUACUACCUAUUACUUCUUUAUUGGAUACAGGUAUGGUAUCUUCAACUUUGCGGAAGGGGGGUUGGGCGGGCAGGUUACGGUCAAGUCUUUUGACUUGGCUUUGGGGUCGAAGUAA